GUGCGGCGGGCUGUAGCGCGGGAGGCGGGAAGAGGUGGGGCUGGCUCUGAAGCCGGAUCCGGAUCCAGUGCAGUGUACCCGGGUGAGUGAGAAUCCGUCGAGCCUGGAGAGGAGCGCAGACUGCGUACCUCUACGGAUCUUACUGCAAAGAUGAAACCUGAUGAAACUCCUAUGUUUGACCCAAGUCUACUCAAAGAAGUGGACUGGAGUCAGAAUACAGCUACAUUUUCUCCAGCCAUUUCCCCAACACAUCCUGGAGAAGGUUUGGUUUUGAGGCCUCUUUGUACUGCUGAUUUAAAUAGAGGUUUUUUUAAGGUACUAGGUCAGCUGACAGAGACUGGAGCUGUCAACCCAGAACAAUUUAUGAAAUCUUUUGAGCACAUGAAGAAAUCUGGGGAUUACUAUGUUACAGUUGUGGAAGAUGUAACUUUAGGCCAGAUAGUUGCUACAGCAACCCUGAUAAUAGAACAUAAAUUUAUCCAUUCCUGUGCUAAGAGAGGACGAGUAGAAGAUGUUGUUGUUAGUGAUGAAUGCAGAGGAAAACAGCUUGGCAAACUGUUAUUAUCAACUCUUACUUUGCUAAGCAAGAAACUGAACUGUUAUAAGAUUACCCUGGAAUGUCUACCACAAAAUGUUGGUUUCUAUAAAAAGUUUGGAUAUACAGUAUCUGAAGAAAACUACAUGUGUCGGAGGUUUCUAAAGUAAAAUCUUUUAAGAAAGACAUCUAUCAAAGGAGCUGAUGCAGCAAGGCUAUACUCUCUUCCUUGAGUUAAAAUAUUUUGUUGCUGCAACCAGGUGACCUCCAUAAAUACUGGAUUGGAAAAAACAUUGUGAUACAAGUAUAAUGACACUUAGAUUACUUUGGGCUGGUGGGACAUGCUGAGUUUAGAUUACAAAUAAAAUUAUUAAGGGGAUGAUUUUUAACCAAAGGAGUAUAUUUUUAACUUGAAUCUUUUCUUGCAUUGUAUUUUUCUAAAGUUUGGCUUCAUUUCUUAGUGGUCAGAGUAUAGGUAGUAAGGAGUUAUGUGUCUGCUAUCUGUACUGUUCAUUAAAAGAAAAAAAGCAUACAGUGAAUAAGAUUGUUUCUUAUCACAUUCAUAAAGUUAAUAUUUUUGUUUCAAAGAAAUACAUCUAAAUACCACUUAAGGGUGUGUCAUUUCACAUAUGUUACAUGAAAUUGGAUGUUAGAUAUAACUAAAUGUAGUACAGUCCAACAUUUGCCGAUCCUAAUACUGUACUGGCAGACAAUCUGGUGAGCCUUUAAAAGAAGUAGAAAUGAAGAUUAACUUAUAAAAUGUGACAAUUUAAAUAUACAUCCAAAAGUUAUGAUUCUAAUAUAGCUGAAGUACUACCUGUCUUAUAUGUGAAAUAUAAUAAUUAUUCAUUUGUUUAAAUAUCUGAAAUAUAAGGUACUUUUUAACAGUGAGUUAGGAAAUAAAUGCUGGUAUUAUAUAUUUCUAACCUUAUUUCUCAUCUUUCCAAGGGGUGUCCAAAGCCUACUAACAUUUUUAUGAAAAUGGGAUUACAAAGUUGUGGAACAUUUUAAAAUGUAUCAUACUACAUUUAUCACAUUCUUAAAAUGUUGAUGGAAGUUUUUCUAUUUAAUGUGACUGUAAUGGUACUAUUAUUGUGGUCACUAUCCUAUUUUGAUUUUAAUUUUUUUUUUAAGUUGAAAUAAGAAUUAGAUACUUCACUAUUGGUUCUAAUCUUCUGAAUUCCAUGUUACAUUAAACCUGUUCAUAUGAA